AUAGCUUUUGUGCUUCCUCACUAUCGAGGUCUAAAUUGGAUGUGACCCCCAAGGGAUGAGGUGGCCCUUUCGCAGUAGCAAGCGCCUUCUCUUAUCCAGAUGGGUACACUUCAGAUGCCACAAGGGCAAGCUAACGGCACUCGUAUCUACAAGUCAUCAGCAAGUUCAGUAAUCAUGCCGUAGUCCUCGAAAGGCAAUUUUUCGAGGCUUGGAUGUGCUUAUGGUACCAUGUAUGUAAGCACAAAAGGCGUAUUCCUACCAAUUAGCAUGUCUUUAGUAGAUGAUAUAUAGCCUGAGUCACAAGAGAGCGCGCGUCGCUCGCGUUUCAGGGACCUGGCAACGUGCGGGGUCUAUAAUGGCCUGAGUAGGUAAGAGGUGGAAUGCGUAUAAAGACGAGAAAGAAUGAGUAUGCUGAAAACCAUCCUACACCCUCAUACCUAACAUUAUUGCAAUCCUAACACAAUCACCUUCCAAUCCCAACAACCAACGUUCAAUAUGCCGUACACCCAUAUCGCAAUCACUACCACCCCCGCCAAGUUCGAGGAGACAGUCGCCUUCUACAAGAAAGCCAUUGCUCCCCUCGGAUAUUCCGAAACCGCGAACUACGGCACCGUAGUCGGCUUCGGCAUUGACGGCAAGAACGACUUCUGGAUCUUUUCAAAGGAGACAAUGACGUUCAGCGAGGGCCCUGGCUUCCAUUUCGCUUUCCUUGCAAAAGAUAAGAAGGCCGUCGCGGCGUUCCACGAGGCAGGCCUGGCCACUGGUGGCAAGGACCAAGGCCCACCGGGCCCUAGGCCGAAGUUUGGACCGAAGUACUAUGGCGCCUUUGUCAUUGAUCCGAUGGGAAAUAAUGUUGAGGUUACUUCAUAUGAUGCUGACCAGGAAUGAAUGAUGGGAACUUUCGGAGGUUUUCAUGGAGCACGAUACUAAAUCAGAUAUCAAUUUAAUAAGAUAGUGGUCUCAGAGUAAUGGUUUGAUUUUAUAGUUCUCAGUCAAAAGAUCAACUCAAAAAGAAUGGAAGAUAUCUGAUGUAGAAACUGCUUACCAAAGGCUUCUAAUACGGAGUGGAGAAUACAAUAGAGUAAAGAGAA